UCAUUGCGCAGAAAAUAAACAAAAGAAGAAAAAAUAAAGUGAACAAAUAUAUAAAACACCAGGAAAAGUUAAAAAAAAUGUUGAAGAUUUAAUUAAUUUAUUUUUUUUACUGCAAUAAUGUUAUCAAUAUUUACAUAUAGCAUUAUAAAGUAAAUGAGAAAUACGAAACGAAAGUUAAGUUAAAUUUGUAAUAAUUUUAAUUCUUUGAAUGUAAUCGAUUUUCCACAUGUGUUAAAUUUGGAUACCAGGAGAGCGAUUUGCAACAGGAAACUUAAAAGGAACUAAAGUAAGCCUAUUAAACAUUUAUUACCCAGUCUCCUAAUCAUUUUAAUGAAUAUUUCCAUUUCCCUGGUCUUAAUUGUAAUUUUCUGUUAUAAAACUUUAUACUUCAGUACAUUUGGUUGCAUAUACGUUUUCAUGUAAAUAGUAAAUUCUCCUGUCACCGGGAUUUUUUUAGAGUAGUUAUAUGAAAUUUAGUUUAUUUGAUGGUUCUUCUCAAUUCAAAUGAUACAUGAUGCAAAAAACUAAACCCAUUACAAAAUCUAACCUAUUUCUAAGGAAAAAUGAUAGGAUUUACAGAGGUCAUUUCAUCCCAUGAAGGCGAGUUACACGUGUUGUACAAGAUGUGUCAAGGAGAAAGUAACAAUCAGGGUAUACUAAUUACAGAAGAGAGAGAGAGGUUUAAAGUAUCUCUUCAUUCUAAUACUUGGAUUAUACAACGGGUACUAAACUUGCUAGACAGGAAAGAGAAACUGAGGACUGUGGGACGGCUGUGUCACGUGACAUCUUCUUCCUCACACCUCCAGGUUUUUCAGAGAAAGAAACGAUUGUAGUGAUGGGUAACACAUUUUGCUUCAUGGUACUUCUGCUUCUUUUUCCAGAGAGUGGACAGAGCAGCACUAUAGCUUGUACAUCGAGAGAUGAAGAGCUCUCUUAUGACCGCAGUGUACUUGCAGAAAACACGUUCGCCAACUUUACUUAUCAGCUAAAAUCGAUGGCGAAUAUUGAAAAAUCUGAUUAUCGCAUCGAAAUAAAGCUAUGUGACAUUGGUACACUCUAUGAAUCGUGUAGGUGCCGAUGGUUCUUAAAUUCUGAUCCAGUCUGCAGAAGUAUGAAAAAUGAUUCGUUCUGUGAUGCCGACGAAUCCGAAAUGCGGGUUUCUUUGCUCAUCAGGAGAACUUAUACUGAUGUUUUAUGGGUGCUUUUAAAACAGAGCUCACCCCCAUCUGUUCUGAAGCACACAACUGUACAAGUCACUUACCAGGCAAAAAUCACAGAUUUGUAUUUAAAUGGACAGGAGGCUAACGGGACACACAUCGUUGACGAAAAUGAGGAUGUCAACAUUUCAUGUUUCUUUAUAAAUGGAAAUCCUCCGGUCAGCAUCCGCAUGGUGGACGGCACUGGUCACACUCUCAGCUCUGUGAGACAUGGUCAGGGUCCUCUAACACUGUCACUAGGAGUGGUCCACUGUCACAAUGUGUGGCCGACCAUCAGGUGUGAGGCGCCUGGCUCAGAACUGAACAAAUCUGUGGUCAUCCUUGUGAUAUGUCGACCCCAGCUGUCCUACAUAAGUAAACAAGUCACAGAUGUACAGAAAGUUUUAACUGAAGGUCUGACAUUGGCUAUGAGAUCCUACACCAGAAACAUCAGGAAGUGUCUGAUGACCCAGGUACAGCCGAUUACUUCCACCAGGGAAGUGAAAUGCGAAGUGAGUGGACAUGCCCCUGUAUCAAACUAACCCUGAGCUCUUUCGAUGAAACCUGGAUUGGAGAAGGGGUCUGGACAUUGCAUGUUGUCAGCGAGCAAGGGGACUCAAGCAUUACUUUCCAUCUCGUCAACAGCACUGGUAAGAAUAAUAUAAUUAUAUUUUUUUUUCUUCAUUUCAUUAUUUUUCCAAUAUUCCCAUAAAGAUAAUGUUAUGUUUAAUACUUUUUUUAAAAGUAACAUUUUCUAAUCUCUUGAAGGCAUUAAUGAAUAACAUUUAAAAUCUUGCAUUUUUCUAAAUGGAAAUAGAAAGUCACGUUAGUAAAUGUAAUAGUUUGACUUUAGACUGGAAGACUUACCGACAAAAGUACAACGUACAUCUUUUUCACAGUUGACCAUCUUUCAAUCCAUAAUUAGUAGCUCCAUUAACAAGCAUUGUCGGUUACUAAUGGACAUUUCUCUCACAUCUCUUGAUAUACAGUAAGAGGAACAGACUUUAUCUGUUGUACCUAGAUUAAACGUUUUUCAGAAAAGUAUGUGUUAAAAUAUAGAAUUGUUAAGAAAACCAAGUAAAUAAACAUAACAUUAAUAUGAAAACUCACAAUUAGAAUUGCUAUUUGUCAUUAUGAUUUGUUGCUAAUGUUCUCCUUUUAAAAAAUUGUGUAAAUGUAUAAAACGAAAAAAAACCUGAUAAGACAACCGCAGUCUGGAACACACCACGGUGUAAAUCAAAUUAAACAAUAUGACUUUACAACAUUUGUUGUGUAAAAGGUCACUGCUCAAGUAAACAAACAUAUAAUCGCUUUCUUAUCAACAUAUUUAUGUCGUUGUGAGGAAUGGUACUUCACAAGCAAGGUAAGUGCAUUAACUUUUGGUCUUAUUUUUCUUCCUCUUCUUUUCAUGCUUUUUCUCUUUUAUCACUUCCUCCUCUUCUUUCUCUUUUUUACCACCACCACCACCCACCACCCACCACCCACCAGCGACCACCACCACCAUCAUCAUCAUCAUCAUCAUCAUCAACACCUUUUUCUUUUCUUAUCGCUGUCUAAAAAAAAUGUUCUCGACGAUUUUUUGUCAGUGCAUUUCAUGCGAUUUCUACAUCCACUAGACAAAUACCAAUUUACAGAUUUGAAUGAAGUGUUGCAAGUAACAUUAAAAAUCUUAAGAACUUAGUUGUAUGUUAAAAAUAUCGAUGGUCUUUUAAUGAACAAAUAUUUUACCUUCAGACAGGCUCGCUGUUUUCCAUGGAAUCAGCUGGAACAUAUUUCUAGUGAUCUGGACACAUUCCAGGCUCACAAGAGGAGGAGUAACUACAAGGCAGAUCAAUUUAUUCUGUGAAGCUUAGUUUACUUUUAAUUUAAUGACACUCUACUUGAUGCUGAGGGGAUCAAAGAUUUCUGUUGUUAACCACAACAAUGGAUUAAGAUUUAUUUCUGAAAGAAUAAAAACCAGAUAUUACCAAUGUCAAAAUGAUUUAUUGCGCCCAUUUUAUUUUGUGAGCAUGCGGGCAAUUUAAUUAAAUUCACUAAAAUUAAAAAAUUGCAACGGAAAUGAAAUACAUCGGCUUAAAGCAGUUUGAUAUGUAGACAGAAAUUGCGUGGUCGUAGACAAGGGAGGUAAUCACUACCUUAAAGUCGUGCAGUUUAGUCAUUAAUGCCCUUGGCAUAUCUCUAGAUAUACGACUUUCCUGUCCAAGAGUCGCUCUUUAUCCACUCACAUGAUGUUUCUGGACCCUUAACAACGUCAUCGAUGUCAG